AUGUCCGUAUCAGGCCUCUUUUCGGUCAUGUCCGCCUCGCCAUCCCGAUCAUCUUCGCCAGCUGUGACUGCAAAUCCCAAUCACCAGAUACCCUUCAACAGUGCUCCUGUCCAUCAUGCUCCCAGUCCACUGGGCUUCGGCUUUGGCUUUGGAUCUUCCUUUGGAGGUAACAAUGGCUCACCAGCCCCGACAUCCAGCGCAUCGCCCAUGUUUGGUUUCGGAAGUGCAUCGACGUCCUCCGCCUUGCCAUCUGCGUCAUCACCUUCAAGACGUUCAGAGGCGAAGCGCAGGCGGGACUCUGAAGAUGCAGAUGAAGAUGUUGACGAUGAUGAGGACAUGGGACACUCACAACAGCGCUCUCGACUCGGCUCCGAUUCUUUCAAUCCUUCCCAUGAGCAGAAGCGUAUGGUCUUGCCAAAACGCAUUCGUGCUGGACUCGGCUUUGGACCGAUGAUGAACCAUGCCGAACCAUUCCACCUCCAACACUCGCCCACACAACAAGCUGCGGCAUGCACAUCAGCAUCAUCCUCAGCCUUCUCUCCACAGACAUCAGCACACGUCGCGCAGACGAAUGCAUAUCACGCAUCGCCAUCCGGUACAAAACGACAAGCGUUGGGGCAGACCAACCGCGUCGGAAUGUCCGGUAUCGACGUAGACAUUGGCAAGAUGCUCGCUUCCAUGGACAAGCCAUCACUUCUGUCCAUGCUCAGCUCACUUCUCUCGCAGUCUAAGGACGCUACUCUGCCAGCACAAAUCCUUUCACUUCUACCCACCCCAUCGCUUGAUUCGGUCGAUGCCUCGCUCGACGAGCUGGAGAAAGCCAUUCGAUCAGCCAUCCCUUUCGUUGCAGACGGCAGCUCAGCAAGACAUGAAUACACUUGGUCAAGGUUAAGAACUCCUGUUGCAGCUUUUGUUGAUGCUGCGUUAGGGUAUUUGCCUUUCUUCGUGACUGAGUUGGAAGCGGAUAAGGAAGAGAGGCUGCGUGCAGACCGAGGCUUGCAGGCUGACAGGGAAGAAGUCCACCCUGCGACGACGUUCACAUUCUUGCUUAUGCUUACAACUAGGGUGUUGCGGAUUGAAGCCUUGCUGCCAUCCGUAACCAAGUCCAGUCUGGCGUUCAAUCUCUUCACCGCUUCCAGCCAGCCUUCUUUCGGGUUCAACAACUCAUCCGCACAGAUGUCGCCAACGAAAGCAGAUGCGUACGGCAAGCAUAGCAACUUGGCCUACCUUCUCGGUAACGAGUUCUCCUCACCUUCUUCGCCCGAUGCACUGAUGACAGUGCUCAUGCCUGCAAUCCUUAAGCAGUGGACAACGCUGUUGCAUAGGUUGGAUAAGGCGGUGAAUGGGGACGGGAGGAUGUUCAGUCAGGAGAUGGUUCUUACUUGGGCUCGUGGGCUGGAAGCUACAGGUUCCAAUGGGAGGAAGGACGUGGAGAUGAAAGCGGAAGAGGUAUUGAUCAGAAAAGCGAUGGAUGAGGUCAGGAAUCGUCUUGAGAGAGAUCUAGCUUGGCUUGUUGGUGGUGUGCAGCAUCAAACUCAGACGGCAAGAGGAUCGACGAGGAAGGAAAAGAGAGGAAGGGGGAGUAGUAUGAGUGAUGGCGAGGAGGAGCUUUGA